GUGAAGUGGAAGAGGGAGGACAGGCAGAAAUAGGAGGAGGGGUACGAUGGAUGAGGAAAAGGACGCAGAAAAGAGUAGGGGUGCGGAGGAGAGAGUAUGGAGGAAAAUGAUGGGAGGGGGAGGAGGAGGAGAAGAGGGAGGAGCAGAAGGGAGGCUGGCACUCAGUCUGUUCGCCCAGCAGCAGCAGCAGGACAAUGGACUGUCUCCACUACGGAUCCUAACGGGCACCGGGCUGUUUCUGGCAAAUUGGAAUAUAAGGAGGUGAAUAUCAAACAGCUCCAGGAUGCUGCCGUCCUCAUCCCUGCUAAUCUGCUGUUCACCAGCGGCCAUCUGAUUUACCAAACAUGAUGAAGACUGAACCCCCGUCGGCCACGGGGGGCAACGGGACCUCCGGUGGUAGCAGUGGGGGAAGCGGGAGCUCCAACCUGCGGAGUCCCUCGCCCCACCGCAACGCCUAUGAGGCGGGGCUGGCGGCACUCAAAAAGGCCACUGACCACCUCAACAAUGCCGCAAACGGAGGUGCUGGCCCUGCCUCAAAACCCGCUCCUCUGCCUCGCCCAACCGGAAGGGGCCGGAAAUAUGGAUCAAAUGUUCACCGCAUCAAGAACAUGUUCAUGCAGAUGCAGUCUCCUGGUGAUGAGGAGGACGGAGCCAAAAUGAUUGCCAUCUUUCCAAUUAACUUUGGCAACUCAUUGGCAGGUGUAGAGCAGGGGGUGAAACUGUCCCUACCGAGGGCAUCCAGCCUUAACGAGAACGUCGACCACAGUGCCCUGCUCAAACUGGGGGCCACGGUCUCAGAGAGGGUCAACCGUUUUGACUCCAAACCAGGCGGAGAAGGCGGGGGCUUCUCCAAGCUCCAGGAGACCAGGAGGAUCUUCGAACAGCGGACUCUACAGGAGAAGCAAGCUGCCACCAACCGGAUCUUGCUGAAGAAGGAGCGGGCAUCGGGAUUCCAGGACAGCCGUCUAGAUGUUGUGGCUCGCUUUAAUGGCUCCACCGAGGCUUUGGACCGACUGGACGACCCCCCUGCUCCCUCUCCCGUUCCUGCUACUCUUCCCGCACCGGCUACUCUUCCUGCUGCGGCGGCUUCAGUCGGGCCCAGUGACGCCGUCAGCCCCACCGUGAGCCAGCUCAGUGCCGUGUUCGAGAAGACCGAACCGCAAACCAAUCUCCACGCCCCCCAACGUCGGUCAGGCCCUGCCCUAGCACCAAAGCCCAAACCUCCAGCCAGAGCGGAGGCUACCGGGAGAAAGGGGAAGCUGCUCCCUCCAGGUAAGGAGGACGACGAGGAGGUGGGAGUUGUUUGCGUCCAGGCAGCAGAACUAGCAGAAGUGAGCGGUUCUCUACAGGGGAGCUCAGGAGAAGUGAAGGCCAGCGAGGAGAAGGAUGGGUUCGGACAGUCGGGAGACCAGCUCCCCAACUCCUCCUGCUCCUACUCUUCCUCAUUGACCUCUUCCUCUUCGGACGUCAAACCAGAGUCGGAGGCCCAGCCAACGGCGACUGAAGCCAGGGGCUCAAGUACGGUGGUUGACCCAGAGCAAGAGCCCCAAGCUGAUGAGCCAGACGGCUCCACGGGGGGGUCAGAGGCCGGAGCCAGGCUGGUGCAGGCCGACGUUCACGCCUCGCUGGAAAACGGAGAAAAAGAGCCUCCAGGUUCCUCUCCCUCCUCGGAGGAGAGAGGAGAGGACUCUGAGAGGAGAGGGGAGGAAGGCGAGGAGGAGGAGGAUAACGAUGAGGAUGGCUCCAGGAAGGAGGAUUACUCUGAGGGUGAUCUGGUGGACAUCAGUGCGUACAGCGGGCUCGGCGAGGAGGACUCUGGGGGCAGCCAGCUAGACGACGAGGAGGAUGAGGAAGAUGAGGAAGCGUAUCAGCCGGAGACCAGCUGCUCCGAGAUCCCGGGUCUCCCAGAGGAAGAGGAGCCACCGCCACCCAAUAGGAAGAUUAAAUUCAGCACAGGGCCAAUCACAGUAUUCACCACCUACUCUAACGAAGACUAUGAUCGGCGUAAUGACGACGUUGACCCCAUGGCGGCGUCAGCCGAGUACGAGCUGGAGAAAAGAGUAGAGAAGCUGGACCUGUUUCCUGUAGAGCUGGAGAAGGACGGUGAUGGUCUGGGUAUCAGUAUUAUAGGUAUGGGUGCAGGAGCUGAUAUGGGUCUGGAGAAACUGGGGAUCUUUGUUAAGACAGUCACCGAUGGAGGAGCUGCACAGAGAGACGGCAGGAUCCAGGUUAAUGAUCUGAUAGUGGAGGUUGAUGGGACCAGCCUGGUCGGCGUCACUCAGAGCCUCGCUGCCUCUGUCCUCCGCAACACCACCGGCACCGUCAGGUUUGUGAUUGGUCGGGAGAAGCCCGGGGAGCAGAGUGAAGUGGCUCAGCUGAUCCAGCAGACUCUGGAACAGGAGAGAUGGCAGAGAGAGAUGAUGGAGCAGAGAUACAAACAGUACAUGGACGAUGACGAAGAGACGGGUGAAUAUGCGACGGACGAGGAGGAGGAGAUGAGUCCGGUGUUUCCAAACUCCAUCGAGGUUUUCGACCUGGCCGAGAACCAGGACAUGUUGUCUCCUGUGGAGCUGGACCCCGAGAAGCUAGCCCACAAGUUCAAAGAGCUCCAGAUUAAACAUGCAGUAACCCAGGCGGAGAUCCAGCUGCUGAAGAGGAAGCUGGCUCACGCGGAGCAGGAUAAGUUGCGUUGGCGGAUGGAGCGCGCUCAGUUGGAGCAAAACAUCCGGGACAGUAAAGAGAGGAUGGAGAAACUGGAGGGCUACUGGAUGGAGGCGCAGUCCCUGUGUAAGGCAGUGGAUGAACACCUAAAGGAAACCCAGGCUCAGUACCAAACUCUAGAGAGGAAAUACAGCAAAGCCAAGAGACUGAUUAAAGAGUACCAGCAGAAGGAGAUUGAGUACCUGAAGAAGGAGACGGCUCAGCGUCGAGCACAAAAAGAGAAUGAGGCAACACAUAAAGAGGAGGCGGACAAUCUGCAGGAAAAGAUUACAGACUUGGAGACAAAAGUGGAUGCCCUGAAGACCCCCCAACCCUCCUAGACUGCUGCUGCUACUUCCUACCUCCUGUCUGGGACUGGAAGAAGAGGAGCUCUGCCUUCAUUCUGACCUAGGCUGUAUUUUAAUCCAAUCAACCAUUUACUGCACGGAGAGGUAGUGGGGGGGGGGGGGAGAAUAACAGGGAUGACAAUUGUGAAAGAGAGGACAAAGGGGGGGCGACAUUCAAAGAGGAAAGAAGCAUCCUCUCAUCUGACAUUUAACCAGCGAUCAAUAACCAGUCAAUAACCAAUCCCAAAAAUGCUCCCUCUGUAAUACCCAGAAUCCUCCUUGUGUGUCUUCCUGGCAACCCGGCUUGGCAAUCAACACGGAAACCACAUUCAACAACCUGUGCUUUAUUUAUGGAUGAUCUGUAUUGGCUUCUCCUCUCUUCAAUAUCUUACCCGGAUUCAAAUUUAUUUUAAAAGAAGCGCUUUUAUCGAACGGGCUCGUCACAAAGUGCUUUACAGAGUGACAAGAGGGCACGACCGCAAAAUAAAACCGAGGAAAAGGACAUUUGAUUUGUUGUUCUACUACUUUUGAACUAGGCGGUUUGCCGAACCAUUCCUUCCGUUGUUUGGGACUGGACUGGAUUCUUCUGAAGAGGACAAACGUGUUUUCUGUCGCAUGGCAUUGAUCAUUCGAAUCCAAACCUACACGGAGAAGCGGCCACCGCAUUUUUAAAAGACAAAUUUGGAAGUGGAACCGUGGUAGUAAUGUGCAACAAAAAACUUUGAAAGGAAAUAGCCACCACCUGCUGAUAGUUAAGUAAUAAAAACUACAAAACAACAUGACCGACAAAUUUCUGAUUAGUGACAUAAACUGUGAAAUAGCAGAACGCCCACCCAAGCCUUUGGUUUCUCUUUUCUAGCCUCUCUGCAAGCGAUGGAAGGAGUCAGUCAGAGACGUGUUUUUUUUUUUUCUUUAGGUCUGAACUGUGGUGGCAUACUGUUUGUAUAUAUUCUAUACAUGUAUUUAAUAGUGUUUAAAUGGCUUAAGCAGUUAAGUAGGUCUGAUAUCCGAGAGAAAGGCAGUGCAAUGAGCGAAUGACUACGAAAUGGUUCCGUAGUCCAGAUUCAGUCUGUUUCAUCUCUUUUCUAUCGACAUCAAUGGCAAACAGGGUGUGAAUAGUCUGUGUGCUUAGAGCUUCUGAUGGUGUGUAUUUGUUGGUGUUUACUACAGUAUCUGUGCGUUUACACGCACACCAACAUCCUCUUAUUAAGGAUAGUCAUGUACUAAUGGUGCGUUCCAUUUACCUCUCGAACUCGGAGGCCAGAGCUGGUUCACACCCGAGUUGAAUGCGUUCCAUUUAGCAAGUCGGAUUUUCACUGUGGGGGUUAGCUCUAGCCGGGUUAGCCAUUGUUAGCAAUACCAGUUGAUAACAACGCAUUACGCUAUUAUUUUGUGCAUAGAAACAGCGAUACAACAUGUCCACAGAUAGAAGAUGAACAGUAAUGUGUGUACGACUGACAGGGUUUCCCCCAAAAAACAAGGGGCCGUCUCAAACCAGCCACAGACUGAUGGCAGCAUUAAUAUAGAGCCCAAUAGUUUCUGUUAAACACAAUCAUGGACAGAAUUGCGAAAUUCAGAAUUUAAAAAAAAGCUAUAAGACAGAUUCCAUAGAACCCCAUAUUAAGUCAGGGCUGAAAGUUAACUGGAAUUAAGAAAUAAUUAUAGCUACGUUUAAGUUUCCAACCGAGCUGCCCCUUUGUAACUGUAACUGUAACUGUAGUUUAAAAAACGUCUUAAAAAUAUAUGAAUAAUUCCCAGUGGCUUAGGCCUGGUGGGGGGGGCAACUUACGCCCCGUGGGCCACCAGGAUUGCAAUUGCAACACUGGGGGAAACCCUGGACUGAUUUAGUGAGACACAAAUAAGACAGCAGUGCUAAUAAAGUGUAUGUUACUACAGCUUUCACUACUGUUGAUGCACGGAGCAGCCAUGUUGGAUUUUGAGCUCGGGGUACUGUGAGGUUUUCCGACUCAGGGGGGGGGGGCGUGUUUCCUUGGAAACUUCCGACCUCCGAGUACAAAUGGAACGCACUAUGAAUUCAUUGAGUUGGUGCAGGGUUUUCAGAAACCUACUCUUAUCCAGGAUCACAGAAAAACUGAAUCUGCUAGUUUGAAUUUACUAGUUUCCUGAGGAUAUUUUGUGUACAGCUUCUAAUUGCACUCACUGCAUAGUUUCAUGAGCCCAGGCUAAAUUUUGAAUAUUCAGUUAACAUAUGUACAACAGGAUCUCCUGAGUGCACUUUAUAGUGUCCGUUGUUCAAACAUGUCCUGGAGGCAAAACUGUCAUGCAAAUUAUCUCAUUAGUUGAGGUAAACAUACGUGGGUGUAGCCAGAGUGCCUAAAAUUCCUGAGAGAUCAAAUCUGUUAAAAACGUAUGUAACUUAAACAAUUGUUUAUAUUAAGGACACUUCAAUUUGGCUUUUAAAGAAUAUUGACCUGAAUAUGAAUAUUGUACUGAACAUUUACAGUAAUUUGCCAGGUCUCUGUGGUGGACAAACUAUUUAACUAUUUAUCACUGUUUCCAAAUGACCUCAAACAUAUUUUCUGGCUAUUUUAAACCAUUUCUUUUUACAUAGCAGCUAAAAUCGAUUGAUAUGAUCUACUAUGGAAACCAAGAAAAGGCCAUAAUUACUUAUUUUUUAUAAGCAACUGAUUACCUAAUUUAAAUGUUGAAAUUUAAAUACCGCUGAAUUUAUAGCACUGCAUUUUGUUUGACUUUGAAAUCUGUCUGUCUGACUUCAUGCGGUUUUAAUUCCCCUCUUCAUUCCCCAAUUGGUGCAUUUUAAAAAAAAAUUUCAUUUUCGAGUCUGAAUGUAACCGGUUUUUUAAACUGAUGUAGAAUUUGAGUCGAGUUUUGUGAAUAAUGAACGCAGGUCAGACAGAUGGUUUUAUAUUAUCACGUUAUAUUUAAGUGCUACACAUUCAGUGGUAUUUCAAUUUCAACAUGAAGUAUUCAGUUAAGGUUACAUUUCAGACUUAUCUAUUCAGCUGCUUUUGUUAAAUUCUAAUUAUGGCCUUUCUUUGCUUCCAUAUUAGCCUGUCCCUUUAUCGGUCUCUAAUAGCUAGUCAGUUAGCUAGUUAUCUAAAUCCUGUAACUAUUUAUAUAUGUUAAUGUAGCCUACUGACUUCCUAAAAGCUUAAAAUACAAUAUUCAUGAAUGAAAGACUAAGUAAGCUGUUGAUAUUGCGAUCAGUAUUUCUUUUCUAAUCAGCUAAUGAAGCCUUGUUAUGCUAACGUACCCGGAUAGUUUUGCCUCUGAGAAAUGUUUGUGAAACUAGACCAUGACGUGGAUAUUGUGAGCGACAAUGUUAUUCAGAAAACGGUGUGCGUGUAAACACACUCCACAUCUCUUGUAUUAGGAGAAGAGUAGAAGGUCCCAGUGCCAGUAUUAUGACUUUAGAAAAUGAACUUAAGUUAGUGAUACAUGCCUGAUAUAGUCCAAAUAUGGGUUGAAUACAAAAGUGUUACUGUGGUCGGGAAAGAACAGAUCAUUUUUUUCCGGAACCCAAGGACCAAUGGAGGUUCAGGUUCAGCCGCAUAAAAACGUUUUUUUGGUCAGAUAAAUCGGAUAAGUUGCAAACACUCAAAGCAACAGAAGAGAGGGUAUAUCUUGUUAAAUAAAAUAUGCUCUUUGGGUCAGAUCUUGAAAAUAUAUUCCACCAGUAAUACUUUGAGUCACUCACUGUAAAUGUGGAACUGUCAUAAUUGGACCAUGGAAAAAAACAAAUUAAGACAUUUGUCCAUGCAGUAUAGUCUCUGUUUAUACAAUAUGAUUUUAUAUAUAUAACUAUUCUGAUUAGACUAUUUUCCAGUAGUUGAUGAUGACAAAUAUGAGCUUCAUAUUUACAUGUGGAUGGCAAAAUGGUGCUGAGUAAGACAGUGUUCACACACAAGUAACUUAUACAAAACUUUGAACGGGCAAAUUGUGUAUUUCGCUGCUCUAAUGUUCAUCACCAUGGUGGUUGUUAUGAUUUUGUGUAUGUCUUUAUCAAGAUAAUACAGCUUGCUGGCAAGCUCUGAUUAGGUUGCAUUAAUAA